CUGUAAGCUCUUUAAUAAUGCUAGUUAUGGAAAAUGUAUCUAAUCCUCUCUAGUGUGCCCAGCACAGUAUGUACUCAGUAGAUGUUUUCAGUAUUAGUAUAUGAUUACAAGUUCUGAAUAAUGUUCUCACCAUUUAAAAAUUAAUAUUCUACUAUUUGAUCGUUAAAUAGAAAUUAAGAGGAUUUGUACUUUUUGCAAAUGAAAAAUUGGAAAACUUUGAUGUUGGUGCCUUGUCAUUGUUGAAGUGAACUGCCCCGUAUUUAACUUUAUAUUAUGAUGUAUUUCAAACAUCCAGAAAUAGACAUAAUAAUAAUAGUAUAAUGAACCCUCAUCUUAAUUAUUGCUCAGUUCUGACAAUUGUCAAUCCAUGGCCAAUUAUAUCUUUCUUAAAUUAGGGCCCCCAUAAAUAUACCCCAUUUAUAUAUAGUGAAUAUUAACCAAGUUGUGAGUUCAUGCCUGAAGUACUUCAGUAGAUGCAAGUUCUAUGAAUUUUUGGUUUUGCCUUUUGGAAAAAGCUGUAUUAACAUGUUUUUUUUCCCCCUUUUUUUUUUUGAAAUAACAAACCAACCUUUGACAUUACAUGUAAUACAUAAAUCUAAUAGUUUUGACUUUUGAAUUGGAAAUUAAUUUGAUAUGUCGACAGAGAUGGAAGUCUGGUUUUGGUGUACAUCCCUGCUGGUCUGUCUGCUUGUCUGGAAUGAACUGUGGGCAGAAUUUACAUUGGCUUUGAGACAAACAAGACUUAGGUUGCCAGCAGAACCUGUAGCCAGGCAUUCGGCCAUUUUUGCAGAAGCAGUCGUCUUUACCUAGUAUCGGGCAUUUCAGGGUCCCGGGCGGGGGAUCCUAGUUGAUUCUUGUGGCGGGGCAGUGAGUAACUGGGAGGAAGAAGUAAGCUUCAGGGAAGCCAUUUUGGGCACUCUGGAUCUUCUUGAUAUUUAAAGUACUGUGAAAUGUGUGGAAACCCUGGUGGUGUAGUAGUUAAGUGCUACGGCUGCUAACCAAAAGGUCGGCAGUUUGAAUCCACCAGAUGCUCCUUGGAAACUGUGGGGCAGCUCUGCUCUAUUCUGUAGAGUUGCUAUGAGUCGGAAUCGACUCGACAGCAAGGAUUUUUUUACGGUUAAUGAAAUGUGUACAUUUUCAUGUCAGGCGAGAGCAGAUACAUUCUGGUGAGCCUGACGUGAAUGUUUAUCGUUAUCACCUUAAAGGAUCUGGCAAGGCCUAAUUUUCUUUUUCCAAAACUUGAACUAGAUUUCAAUUUAUGCAUUUGUAGAAUUUAGAAAAGCAGUUCUUGCUUGUUGUAAAAUAUUCUUGAAAUGCCCCAUUCUUGUUAUGUUAAAUGUGUUGUGCUAUAAGCAUGGUCAUCUUAGAGGGUCUGGCAUAAUCUUUUUUCCCCAAAGUGGAAAUUUUUUUCUGCUUAUGAAGGUAAUGCGUGUUUGUGUAAAAACAAGUCAGUGUUAAAGUAUAGGAAGUGACUGGUCCCCACUUCGCAUAGAUGGCCAUUGUUUGGUAUAUCCCUCCACACUCACUCACCCUUCCUUCUUUCUUUUUUCCUCCUCCUCUCCCUUCCUACCUUUUGUUUGUCUUACAAGCUUUUGUUUGCAUAGCUUAAAAUUGUUUUUUUCUUUUUUUAAUUUCUCCAUACUUUUUAUAUGUAUGUAUAAAAACACUGCAAAUCAUGGGGCAAAGAUACAGAUAACUGCAAUUUUAUUUAUAUCUCUUUCUUUCCUAACAAUGACACAACUGGUUGGGUGGGACAACAUGGUGCAAACCCAGAUGGAACAAGCCCAGAUGCAGCAACCUGCUUCAUAUGUAGAGCAAGGCACUGCUCUAAAGGGUCUUUAAAAUACCCUUAAAGUACCAUCCAGCUGUAUUUAUCUAUCGUGGUGGUUUUCAAACGUCUUGCUUGUGCAUGUAUAGCCUAAGGGAAAUUUGAAAAACAAUGUACCCGAUCACAUAUUUUUUCUUCAUAAGUUUGAAUAUUGCAAAGUUUAAAAUUUAUGCAUAUAAUGUGUUGAUAUUUCUGAGAUCAAACUGUUACACCACUCAUUUAAAUGUUCCCAGUGGAAAUUAAAUAUGGUGAUUUGAAAUCAGUGAUCAUUUAAAAAAAAAAACUAAACACACGUACUGCCAAAAAUAAUUUCUAAUAAAGGCUACUGAAUUUUUAAGAAGCAAUAUAUACUCAUUGAAGAAAAAUUGAAAUAAGUAGCAAAGUAUAAUGAACUAAAUAAAAUCUCUCUAAUUCCCCUCUCCAAGAUAACAGCUUUUAUGAUUUUGUUGUAUUCUUUCUUCUGUGUGUAUUUAGUAUUGAUAAAGUUGUAACCAUAGUACAUUUGACCACCAUGGGUACCAACCACAUCAUCAGUGUUUUCCAUCUUACUAAAUAUUUUAUGUGCCAGGGACUGAAGAUACCAAGACAAUCAAUAUGUGGUCCUACGCAAAUAAUCUGCUACAGAGGCACCUUAUUAGUGACGAUGAACCGGGCUAUGACCUGGAUUUAUUUUGUAUACCUAAUCAUUACGUGGAGGAUUUGGAAAAGGUGUUUAUUCCUCAUGGACUAAUUAUGGACAGGACCGAGCGGCUUGCUCGAGAUGUGAUGAAGGAGAUGGGAGGCCAUCACAUUGUAGCCCUCUGUGUGCUCAAGGGGGGCUAUAAAUUCUUUGCUGACCUGCUGGAUUACAUCAAAGCACUGAACAGAAAUAGCGAUAGGUCCAUUCCUAUGACUGUAGAUUUUAUCAGGCUGAAGAGCUACUGUAAUGACCAGUCAACAGGGGACAUAAAAGUAAUUGGUGGAGAUGAUCUCGCAACUUUAACUGGAAAGAACGUCCUGAUCGUUGAAGAUAUAAUUGACACUGGCAAAACAAUGCAGACCCUGCUUUCGUUGGUCAGGCAGUAUAACCCACAGAUGAUCAAGGUUGCGAGCUUGCUGGUGAAAAGGACUCCCCGAAGCGUUGGCUAUAGACCAGACUUUGUUGGAUUUGAAAUUCCAGACAAGUUUGUUGUAGGAUAUGCCCUUGACUAUAAUGAAUACUUCAGGGAUUUGAAUCACGUCUGUGUCCUUAAUGAAACUGGAAAAGCCAAAUACAAAGCCUAAGAUGAGAGUUCAAGUUGAGCGUUUGAGUUUGGAAACAGCUCGAGUUCCAUUGACAUCACCAGUAAAGUGAUCAAAUGUUCUAGUUCUGUGACCAUCUGCUUAAUAGAGCUUUUUGCAUGUACCUUCUAAGAAUUUUUAUCUGUUUUGUAUGUUAGAAAUGUCUGUUGCUGCAGUCCUGAGCUCUUUAUUUGCACUAUGAGCCUAUAGGCUCUCGGUUCCCUUUGGAUGGAGUGUUGUUUGCCUUGUGAAUGGAAGUCUCUUAAACCAAGCCACUGAUGAAAGAAAAUAUUGAAAUUGUAUCUGUAAGAAACAUUUAAAGAGAAGAUAUAUUAGUUUUUUAAUUGGUAUUUUAAUUUUUAUAUAUUCACAGAAGAACGGAAGUGCUUGAAUCUUGUUCAUUAUACCGCCGUGUGUUUAGGAAAUUAAGAAGCAGUCGGUUUCCGUAUCAGUGACAGCAUCUAAGAGGUUUUAUUGUGUCUGAGACCAUAUGUCCUGGAAUUUCGUUAGUAGUGUUUCAAUAGUAUUAACUGAAUGUUCCCACUUGUUCAGAUUGUUUCUGAUCAACCUUUGUCAACAGUUCCUUUUAAAUAUAAAUAAAUUCCAAAAAACACUUGUACCACUUUUUCAAUUCUUGUUAGUAUGCAGAUCCUGAAAAUAAAGGCCGUUGCUUUAAAAGAAA